GUGAUCCGCAUUGAGUUUGCUAAGCUGCAGAAGAAGCUGCAGGAGUGCCAGAAGGAGCAGGAGUUCAUCAAGCCAGAUAUUGGCAACUGCAAUCACACAGGAAUCAUGGCGGUCAGCAAGCCUACCGUCAUCCAACUGAAUGCUCAUCUGAGUGCAGGUUACCAGUAUGGGGGCUGGGGAAAAGACUCCAAACCUGUUAGAGGCUAUGAAUCAAUGUACUUCUACGGUGCAUACACCAGUCCCUAUGUGUAUGACUUCUAUUUGUACUCCGACUAUGAAAAGCUGAUUCUGAGGUCCGCAUUCAAACACCAUGACUUACCAAGCGGGUGGGAGGGUACUGGUAACAACUACAUUGUUCACAGUAACACCAUAUAUUACCAGCACAACACACCUUUCAGUAUGAGCAAACUGAAUCUGACCAGUUCCAAAUAUGAGUACAGAGUAAUCGCAGAUGCCAGUCAAAGGUUCUCGUACAGUUACUCAGACCAUCAGAACAUUGACUUUGCUGCUGAUGAGAAUGGCUUGUGGGUAAUGUAUGCCUCAGAGGAGAGCAAAGGUAAAAUCAUCCUCGCUAAAAUAGAUGAGAAAUCGUUUGGCAUUGAGGACCAGUGGAACACCGGUGUGUUCAAGCAGUUGGCCGGCAACGCUUUCAUGGCCUGUGGAGUCAUGUACGCCACCAGGUCGGUGGAUCUGAACACAGAGGAGAUCUACUACGCGUUCGACACGAAGACCAAGCAGGAGAAACACCUCAACGUCCGCUUCCAGAAGUUCCAGGAGAAAUACACCAACCUGGACUACAAUCCCACCGAUCAGAAGCUCUACAUGUACAACAACGGCUACUAUGUGACCUACAAUGUCAAGUUUAACAGAGAAUGAUCCCUCUGCUUUGUAAUCUGUCGUAUUGUGAUUGAUACGAUUGAUCUGUAUUUACUCACUUUUUCACUAGAGCUCUAUAAAGCUAUGUAUUGUCACACAUAGAUUUUCUACUGUCUUUUCCUGAAUAAAAUCAGACCGAAGCAUUGAAA